AAAAAUAAUAGAGAGAGAGAGAGAGAGAGGGAGGUGUAAGGGGGAAAAAACGACAAGCCACAUUGCUCCCUAUCUCUCUCUAGGAACCUGGUUUAACCUCUCUCUCUCUCUGUGAAUCUUCUUCUUGGUGUUGUUUGUUAAAGGGAUUCGGGAUCGCUGCGACUUUUGAUCAGUCCUUCUGCCAAAAUUGUAUCAUGGCAUCAUAUGCAUUGAGGUUGAUGGGCUUCCACAGUGCAUAUGGAUUUCCUCGUAUAAUAUAACAAGAGAGAGAGGGAGCCAUUGAAGAGGAAAAAUGAUGUCUUUAGGAGGGGAGGACGAACAGAGUGAGGAUUACCUUUUCAAGAUCGUCCUAAUUGGUGAUUCUGCGGUUGGCAAAUCAAAUCUUCUUGCGAGGUUUGCGAGGAAUGAAUUCUAUCCCAACUCCAAAUCAACUAUCGGAGUUGAGUUCCAAACUCAGACCAUCGACAUUGAGGGCAAAGAGAUAAAGGCCCAAAUCUGGGACACUGCAGGCCAGGAACGAUUUAGAGCAGUCACAUCUGCCUACUAUCGAGGUGCAGUUGGGGCCCUUGUGGUCUAUGACAUCAGCAGGCGCCAAACCUUUGAUAGCAUUGGCCGAUGGCUCAAUGAACUCCACAGUCAUUCAGACAUGAAUGUGGUGACCAUACUGGUGGGCAACAAGUGUGACCUGAAGGAUGCUAGGGAAGUAAGCAUUGAGGAGGGAAGGGUCCUUGCUGAGGCCCAGGGUUUGUUCUUCAUGGAAACGUCUGCCCUUGAUUCAUCAAAUGUGUCUGCCGCCUUCCUGACUGUGGUCAAAGAGAUUUACAACAUACUCAGCAGGAAAGUUUUCCUCUCUCAAGAGCAACAAAGAGUGGACACAAGGCUGGGGGAUGGAAAGACUCUUAUCUUACAAGGGGAUGGUAGUGAACCUGAGACACGGAUUAGACGUUGGUGCUGCUCUUCUUCUUAAGCUAUAUGUUUUUGGUCCUUGUCAUCUCUGUCGAUUUUCUGCUCAAUUUGGUAUGCGAUUUUACUUGAUCUUUUGCCUGACUGUUGCAUUCUUAUCUCAAUCCCAAUAUCGGAAAGAAAUUGUUGCUUUUUCCUAUCAUUCAGCAAAGGUUGACUGCCCAAUUGAGAGUUUUUGGUUGGAAGGGAGUUCAGGGACGAUGAUGUAAAUGUACUUAAAAGAUGAUUCUUUAUUAAUGGUUGAAAAUGGUUAACUUAA